CUCUACGGCACAAAAAAGUGCUCAUUGGUGGCUUCGGGCACGUCAAGACCAUCCGUACUCAAGCACUGUAGCAACGACGCUGCCGCUCGGGCCGCAAACAAGAUGAACCAGGCCCAUGCUCUCCGCAUUGGCUUGCUCGUCGCGCUGACAAGCGCAUGGCAACCCGCGCACACCGCGUACAAAUCUCUUGCCGCGCCGCGAGCGUACAAAUCCCUUGCACUGGCGCAACGGCGGAGGCCACAGCUGCUGCGCGCCGAGCCCGGCGACGAGCCACCGGCGUACGACCUCCUGGCCGACAUCGAGCGGUUCAAGCAGGAGAAAGCGGCCGCGGACGCCGCGGCGGGCCUGCCCGCGGCGGCGCCGGCGGCGGCCGCGGCGGCGCCGCCGGCGGCCGCGGCGGCGCCGCCGGCGCCUCCGGCCAUGGCCUUCGACCAGGCGCCGCCAGCGCGCGCGCCGACCGCCGAGGACAGACUCAUCGCCGACGCGGCGCGCUUCCGCGAGCGCGGGACCGUCGUCGAGGCGGCGUCGGAGAACCCGGUGCAGGGCCUCAUCAACGUGCUGGGCACAGUCCUCGGCUUUAACUUCGUCGUCAUCGUGGGCUUGUUUCUUUGGUUCCUGUCGGGCGUCUUCUCGCUCUACGCGCUCGACAACGAUACUAUUAUUAUCGCGGUGAAGGCGGCCUUCGACCCCUUCAUCCUGCCGCUGCUGUCGACGCACAUGGGUCUCACGUUCCUGUCGUACGGCCUCGAGAAGGCCUUCGGCGAGGGCGACCCGGAGGACGACGGGGGGUUUCGCUUGUAA